AUGUCGUCCACCGAGCCGCCACCCAGCGGCAGCAGCAGCAGCUCCACGCCAUCGUCUGGCGCGAGCGCGGGCGCAGCAGGCAGCCAGGCCGCCGCGGCGCCGCGUCCCUCGCCCUCGCCCUCGCCCCCGCCCUCUGCGCCCCAGCAGGGCAUCUUCGCGCGCCGCUUCCCGCGCGGCGCCGCUGCGGCCGGCCGCCUCGCCGCCUCGACGCCCGCCCGCUUUGCCGCCACGGGCUGGCGCCGGCGGCGCGGCAUCUUCUUUGGCGUGGCAGUGACCUUCUCGGUGGUCAGCUAUCUGAAUGGCAAGGCGAUCAAGGCCAAGGCCGACUACGUCCACAACGACACAUGGCUGCUCUGGAAGCUGCACGACGGCGCCAUCGUCGAGACACGCAGCCCCACGCAGCUGCUGACGCUGCUGCGCGGCGCCGGCGCUGGCGAGGAUCCGCCGGCGGUGAUGGAGCUGUACGACGCCAUCAAGACGCUCAAGCUGGCGCAGACGGAUCCGCGCAUUCGAGGCCUCAUCGCCGACUUCUCUGGCUUGCAUGUCCCGAGUGACUCGGCUGGCACGUCGCUGGGCCUGGCGCAGAUCGAGGAGCUGACGCAAGCCAUCCAUGAGUUCAAGGCGGUCAAGAACGAGGAGCUCAAGGUGCGCGCUGAGCUGCGCCAGGAUCUGCCGGCCACGCUCGCGGGCGGUGCCGAGAUCUCUGGGCCCACCAAGGCCGCCGCAGUCGCCAAGGCUGCUGUCACGGGCGAGAGCACGCAGGAGCCCAAGACAGGUGAUGCCGAGCCGACUUCUGAGGUGACAAAGGCAGAAGAGACGCCACUCCAGCAGCUGCCGGCGACCAUCGCCUGGACCGACACGUUCACGAGCCAGGGCCAGUACCUGCUGGCCAGCGCUUUCGACCACGUCUACAUCCAGCCGUCUGGCUCCGUACCGCUUGUGGGCAUGUCGAGCACGCUGCCGUUCUUCAAGCGUGCGCUGGACUGGCUCGGCGUCAAGCUGUCUCAGCUGUAUGCGGAUGCGCGCCGUGAGCACAAGUCUUUCCUCUCGCAGUACACCGAGGACGGCUCCUUGACGGAGCCGCAGAUUGAGAACACCGCUGCGCUGCUCGGCGACUUGAACCGCGGCAUGGCACACGCCAUUGGCGUCUCGCGAUACCCCGAGAUGAACCCGGACGAAGCGGCCGACAAAGUCAUUGAGCUGUCGAUGCGAGGGCCAUUCUCUGCGACUGAGGCUGCCAAGGAAGGCCUCGUCACCGCCACGAUCUACCCCUUCGAGCUCCGGGAGAAGAUCGGCAAGGAGGCGCACUUCAAGGGCUUUCCGCACUACGCGACCAUCUACAAGGGCAUCCUUGAAGACAGCCUCAAGAAGGGCCAGUACUCCGAGGUGGCCGUUGUCUACCUGCAGGGCACGAUCUCGAAUGCCUCGGGCUUCGGCAGCGCCGCCGAGGCGAUCAAGGGCCUGCAAGAGGCUGGCAAGGACGAUCGGGUCAAGUCCGUCGUGCUGCGCAUCGACUCGGGCGGCGGAGACGUCGUGGCCUCCGAUUCGAUCUGGGCUGCUGUGCGUCGCUGCCAGACGGAGCACAAGAAGCCCGUCAUUGCCUCGUACGGCAACGCCACGGCCAGCGGCGGCGUGUACGCCUCGGCGAGCGCCGACUACAUCAUGGCGUGCGAGCAGACCAUUACGGGCAGCAUUGGCGUCGCCAGCCUGCGCCCGACACUCACGCGCAAGCUCUUCGACCGCGUCGGAUUCCAGUCCUUCUUCACAGGCUCUCGCACCGCCUCGACGCUACAGGAGCUCGACGACGAGGCCAAGCGGCGCUCGAGCCUGCACGUCGACGAGAUGUACGAGCAGUUCAAACAGAAGGUGUGCGAUGGGCGCGGCAUCUCGCCCGACGUCAUCGAGGACCUCGCUGGCGGGCGUGUCUACAGCGGGCUCUCGGCGUGGCUGCGCUGCAAGUCGGACGAGGACUUGAUUCGCGAGAGCGCCGUGGACGAGGGGCCGGCUCAAGCUGACGCGGGCAGCGAUGUUCAGGCGAAGAAGGAUGCGACACCACGACGACCUCUACGGCUGUCGUGGCGCACGCAGAGCAUCGAGAAGGAGGGCGACUUCUCUGCCCUGCAGGUCAUCCAGGUCGGUGCUGCGCCGGCAGAGUCUUCGCCGAGCGCACCGCAAAGCGACGCGCCAGAAGCAUCUGGCACUUCCGAGAGCAGCGCAGCAGAUGCAGCACCUGUCAAGGCGGAACAGGCGGUGGGCGGCGAGACUUCGGAUGACAAGCUCGCGGCAGCCGCUCACGAGGAGGCAGUGGCCGAGAAGGAGUCGCCUGCUGCGACUGGGCCCGGCUCUACGGCGGGCUACCCGGCCGAAGAGCCCAAGGGCCCGUACGGGCGAGGACUCGUCGACUCCAUCGGCGGUCUGUACGACGCCGUAUGCAUCGCGAUGAGCAUCGAGGUACAGCGCGACAUUGAGCGGCGUGUCGUGGAGGAGAAGCUCACACUCGAGGAUGCCACGGCGGCGGCGCUAUCAGAGCGUGCAUCGCAUCUCAGCCUCGACGGCGAGGGCGGCAAGGCCGUCAUGUCGACCGACCUCCGUGCCGUGCGCUAUCCGCGCCAGCUGACAUUCUGGCAGCGCGUGCGCAAGAUGCAGUCGCCCAACGAGCCGUCGUUCAGCAUGCUGCAGCCGCUGUCUGCCUUUGGCCACGCGCUGGCCGAGACGGCAGCACAGAGCUUCAUCCGCCGCCUCUGCAGUAGCGAGGCGUGGAGCCGCGCCGUGCAGCACGAGCUGGCUGCGCAGUCGGGCAUGCGCUCACAGGAUCCCUUUGCGGCUUCGAUGCGGCCUUGAGCUGGACUGGCGGCAAUGUAUAGACAUGCCUCAGCGCACGUGCGGCCGAGACCGGCGUGACUCGCCUCAGUGGACUCUCUAUGCUGCUGAACAUCGAGGCGCACGGCGACCGCUGCGGCUAUUCUCCGAGCUCUGACCGUUGUGAGCGGGCGAAUGCACGGACGGCGGGGCGCAGUGAGAUUGGAGGUGAGGAGGCGGCGCAGAAUGCAUCGGGCAUGCUCGCCGGCGGCGCACGACGGUGAGGCCGAGGCGGAGCGAGAGGCGCAGC